GGAGUACUGGGCAGAUCGGAUCGGAUCAGCACCGCCCGCGACGUGGUGACGCGGCGACGCCCGUCCAUGUUGCCUCGGAGCUGGUGCCAUGGAUGAAGAGGCGGCUUUGGCUUCGUCGCAUCGAAGAAAAGAGCGAAAAGAACGAAAAGGUCGGCUCUGUAGACUUCAUGGACUUGGCCUGACUUGCCUUUCUUUGGUUUUUAGUCUAUGUACGCGAGCCUCUGUAUGGCCCUGGAACGAAGACAUCAAGAAUUAUUUGGACCUCAUGCAAGUUACGCAAGAGGAAGCGGGGAUGCUGUUUGGCUUGACGCAAAACGGGAAAGUUUUCUUCCACGCGAAGGCUGAAGGUACUGUCUUUGUGCAGCUCCGUGGGGACCCCUGCGGCGGUGUUUGGGGUAAGCCAGUUGACCUAGACGCCUCGUCAAGAGCGAUUUGGGUGGUCUGUAAGAAGGAGUACGACACGGAGAACGGUCGUCGAGUGGAGCAUUUCCUCUUUGCCAAGUGGGGCUGGUCUUCCAGCAACAACCACGUCUGGUGGCACAUGAUGAGAGGAGGCAAUGUGGUGCAGAUGGACGCAGACGAUGAUGCCAUGUGGGGUUUAGAUGGGCAUGGAAGCAUUUUGUGGCGCCCUGCAGGAGAUGUGGGUAAGCACAGCCGAUGGCUCCGACUAGAUGGGCCAACUGGAGUUGAGCUUAAACUCAUUGCUGCCGACAACGAUGAGGCAGGAUCCUGGCUUUGGUGCAUUGACAAAGAUGAUCGUCUUUGGCGGCGUGAACCUGGCGAUUACCAAACCUCCAAGAAUUUAUGGGCUGAAAAAGAUUAUCACGGCCUUCCUUUUUGGCAGAAAACAAAUGGCUCAGUGCUGAAAGAUUUGAAAGCAGACUUAGGCUGGGCUUUGGCAAUAGAUGAUCGUGGGAAUUUGCUGCGUCGGCGCAUCAAUGGGACGUGCUGUCAUGACCCAGUCUCUCCAGUGCAUUGUUGGUGCACGGAAGUGGCCCCUCGCUUGGGGGCGGUGGCGGACAAUGGGGAGCAUGGUCUUGGAUUUUACUUCCCAUGGCUCCAACACAAGCAUGGAGACACCUGGACAGCGAGUGCCAAUCGAUGGCUGAAGCAGCUGACGACUCGAGAUGACGGUCAUAAUGCCGCCUCGCCAAAUGAAGUCUCCCAGUAUUACUCCGCUCAUUGCACGGUGGAUACUGACCAUUGCGCUGCUUUGGACACCACAGUGGAAGAUUUCCUCAAGUCUUGGCGGAGAGAAACUAGCAAAGAGUGGACCGUCUGGGACUGGGAUUUGAUGAAGCGAGCCUACAGCACCUGCACUCAGUCAACGCAAGUCUGCCAGAGACCCAUGAAACACUACGGUGCCUUCCGAGAAAAAUUCAUGAGGCACACCUUUUGCUGUGCCCGACACCUGCAAACACCCCAUGAUCCUCUGUGUCUCAGCCAACUGUGCAAAGCGUAUGACAUCACAUGCCCUGGAUCGAAGCUGCUGACCUCUGACAUGGACUGCACAGUUUAUCACUCAGUAGACCCUGGGAGCUUGAUCAAGAACAUGACCAUGCUGGCAACUCAGAAGCUGGAAAAGUACAUGGGACAUCCUGCUGAUCUAGGCGUCGUCUUCGAUCUCAGCUUGUACGGCACGUGGACCUGGAUUCCAGAUGAGAUCUUCCAGAGGUUCAAUUGGCCACAGAGCACCAAGAACCUUUUUGAGUUCGUGGAAGGGAAGUCUGGUGCGGCAGUUUGGGUCUUCCGCCGAAAAUGCCGUCCAACCUCGCGACAAGCGAUCUACGAGAAAGUGAAGCGGAUCAUUCGCGAUGGAAGUGACGUCCACACCGCGGACCUAGAGAAUUUGACCAUCGCUCUGAAGUCUUUUGUUGGCAAUUUAGCCAAUGGAAGUUAUGGCUCAGGAGCUUCCCUGAGAGAUUGGGACAAGUUAUACCAAGAUUUUCAUGCCGUGUCCAGCGUCCAGCGGGAAGGCUAUCUUACAUAUGCUGCUACCCUGGAGAUUGUCGGCAGGCAACAGGUGGGGCUUCCGACCACAUUCGCGGAAGAUUAUCAGUGCAUGCGACAGGUCAGCUUUCUAGAGCAGUUGGCCUUUAUUGCGCAGCAUAUACACGAUGAUGUGCCUGCGACAAUCUCCGAAAGUACCUGGAGGCGAGACAUCCUGCUGAUGCUCUUGAAAUCUGGCAAGUACUUUGACCGCCUUCUUGAGGUGGAUGGACCCGGAUAUGACGAAGGCCUCAGUGUACGGCACAUUACCCAUGCGGACAACAGUGUGCUUUGGCGAGUUCUUGGUUCAGUUUAUGGUGGUGGUCACCUGCAUCAAGUGCUUCAUGAUCUGUACGGCGUUCAAAGUGUCCGCGAUGCGGCAUCUUCGCUGUCGAUGAUGAGCACGAGUGCUUUUGACAAUGCAGAGGUUCGCCGGAAAUCUUGUAUGGAUAUUGCGAUGUGGGGCAAUGCAGUGAGACACAAGGAGGCCUUCCGCCGGGACACUGGCGAGCUCACGCGGCCCAUGGUCACCGCCUUGUGGACCUGCCUAGUCCACCCAAACUGCACGGAAGGCACCACUACGGUAAAGGAGGCCAUGCUGCACACCAUCGAUGUCUGGGUGGACUCCGUACCGCCUCUGGAUACGGUUUCCAUGAUGACCGCAGCUGGACGUUCUCCAUGGGCUUUGCUUUUCCUAGCAGUUAUGAGCCUGGCGCUGAUUGCCUUUGGCAUGCUUCGAAAACGGCAUCGAGCACUUACGCCAAAGGCACCUCUCGCCUUCACUGAAGUCAAUUUUCAGAUCAAAACUUCCUAGUGGUGUUGCCAUCGGCCGUGGCACUUGCAAGGGUCAAGAAUCUCCAGG